AUACGUACAUACAUAUUAUAUAUAAAAGAAAAUUUCCGAAAAGACAAAACUCAACAAGUCAGAAUAGGUAUUCAUUCUUUUUCUUCUGCUAUCCAUCAUCCCAUCCGCAAAGCGGCUUAGAAAUGGAGCAGGGGAAACAGGGAGUUAUGGUGGCUAAAUUCAUGCCUAAUCAGAAUCCAAUUGAGCAGUUGCAACUUCGGUUCAAGGAAUUGGAGAAUGGUUUCAAGUCCUGGUUGUCCAAGCAGUCCUUGGCCGUUGAGGCCGUUGUCGUCACUGGCACCUCCGCCGCUCAGGGUGCCGCUAUUGGUGCUUUCAUGGGUACCCUUACCAACGAUGUCUCCUCCUCUCUCCCGACUCCUCCUCCUCAGGCCUCCUUAAACCCUCAGGCUAUGGCCUCUCUCCAGCAAGCCCAGGCUCUAUCUGGGGGUCCCUUGGUACAAGCUCGCAACUUUGCUGUCAUGACGGGGGUCAAUGCUGGCAUAUCCUGUGUCCUGAAAAGAUUGAGAGGCAAAGAGGAUGUUCAGUCCAGCAUGGUAGCAGCUUUUGGUUCCGGAGCUAUGUUUUCAUUGGUGAGUGGCGUGGGUGGACCAAAUCAGGCUGCAAAUGCAAUCACUUCUGGACUUUUUUUUGCACUUGUUCAAGGUGGGCUUUUCCAGUUGGGGCAAAAAUUCUCUCAACCACCAGCUGAAGAUAUAUAUUAUGCCAGAACAAGAACCAUGCUUAAUAAUCUUGGACUCCAGAAUUAUGAGAAGAAUUUCAAGAAAGGAUUGUUGACAGACAGCACUUUGCCAUUGCUGACUGAUAGUGCUCUUAGAGAUGUCAAAAUCCCUCCUGGACCGAGGCUCCUUAUUCUUGAUCAUAUUCAGAGGGACCCGGAGCUGAGAGAGAGGCGAGGAAUACGUGGUUGAACUUGUAAUCACAAAAAUAAGUUAGCUGUCUGAAAGCACUUUCUUUAGUAUGAUAGAGUAGUAAUUCUUGUUAGUACUAUGCAUUUUGCGAGUUAUUCUUCCUUCCAACUGCUAUUGUGAGUGUCACAGAAGUGUCUAAUGACAGUCUUUUUUAUUAAAAAAAAAAAGAAAAAAGAAAAAACGAGUUUUCCUUUCCAAGU